GGUCAGAGAUUCAAUUUGGAGGACUACCUUUGGCGUAAAAGUAGAACAGGAAGUGAGAAAGAAGGGAAGUAUUAGGUGAAAACAUAAAACAAAGAAAAAAAAUAUUUUCUCUGUGGCAUUUAAUGAGGAAGCAGGCGCCCUGUGAGUGAGAGUUUGCGCUGCACCAAAGCAACCCCAGACAGAGCAGCUAGUUGCAUGUUGUUGUCGGAUAACGUUUGGCAAGACAGGAAACGAGAGAAGCAGAGAGACAGAGCUAGUGAAGGUACCGACUACUUUGACAUCCUUAGCACUCAAAUCAGUAUCAAAGAUAGCAGUGAAUCAGAAGGAAAACAGGUGAGGUCUCCUAUGAAGGCAUUUUACUUCUUAUUUUGAUUGAUGCAGCCUUCAGAGGAGAGACAAAACUUGAGUGACGCACCCUAAAAAUCUUGAAAUGGGCACUGAGGAGAAAGAUUUGGAGCCUGCAGCUCAACAACCACCGAAGGAGCAGGGAUCACCAGAGAAGGAAAAGGAAUCGUCUGGGGAUCCUCCCCAAGGACAAACCUCUGAGACCACCGACCCUCUCAACACGUACAAGUGGCAUACCGGCUCCAAGGGAAAACUGGAUGACCUGAAAGAAGAUGGAGAAGGAGGAGCAGCUGCCUUCACAUCCACAAUCGAUAAGAGUCAGAAGGCUACCAACAAAUGGAACAAGAUGCAGAAUUGGCGGAAGGCCCUGAGCGAGGACCCUGGAGACAAACAUUCAUCAGGUGGGAAAGGUGGAGAGGGACUCAAGUCGGAUAAAGGCGCCAGAAAGAACCCCUUCAGAAGGGCCCUGUCCGAGCCUCCCGGGUCCCUGUUUGCAGCAUCAUCGUCAGCUUCUGCAGAGUCCUCCGCUGUCUCCUCCACUGACCCUGCACAGAAAGGAGGCGGCGGGGCACUCCUAAAAAAGUACCUGAGGACUGUGUCCCAGAAGCUCAAAAGGCCCAAGCUGCAGACUCGGAACAGCACCCCGACAUUACUGCAAGAUUUGGAGGAGGUUGUACCAGCUGAACUCCCAAGACUACAAUGGGCCCCGCCUCAGGAGGUGCCCUUGUGGGACAUUAGCAACUGUAUGCUUGAAGAUGGACAAAUUCUCAUUUCUCCAGAGGAAGAGCCCACGAUGUGGACUCGAAACCGAGUCAGCAGCUACCUGUCCAACAUCAGCAUGCAGAACCUCGUUGAUAUCGACUCAGAAUGUAGUCCUGACCAUGUGGGGUCACCAGGAGGCCCUCGACCAAAGAAUCAAGAUGGGGGUGUAAGGGCACUGAUCAAGCGACGUCUUGAGAACAGGGCCAAGAGGAACAGCAACACCCAAAUUACCUCUAAAGGACUAAACAAAGGGAGCAGGCAUUAUGGUUCCCGGGAGUCUGUGUCAAUUCCUGUCAGUGCAUUGGGGACUCUAGAUCUGAGUGCAGACACCAGCACUGUCAUCAGGCCAGUCCACAGCUCCAUUUUGGGGGAGAAGUACUGCUUUGAGGUGAUAAACUCUGAGAACACCCACUGCUUUGGAUGCUCCUCAGCUGCGGAACGUGAUCGCUGGAUUGAAGACCUGAGAAGGGCUGCCCAGCCCAACAAGGAUAACAUCGAGCGCACAGAGAACUUCCUGAGUCUGUGGGUAAAUGAAGCUAAGGAUCUGCCACCCAAACGGAGUUAUUACUGUGAGGUACACCUGGACGGGACCCUGUUUGCCCGAACCAGCAGCCGAGCUGUCGGCAAGCCGCCUAACCGCUCAAGCCUGGCAGGGGACAACUCUACAACAGGGUCCUCAGGAGGCCUGGGGGGCAGUGGGGGUGUGGUUGGAGGCUGUCAGUUAUUCUGGGGGGAAUUAUUUGAGCUAGACAACCUGCCAUGUGUCUCCCAAAUCACCCUGCACCUCUUCCGAGAAGAAGACCCCAAGAAAAAGCGUCAUUCCAGAGAUGAAUGCAGCCUGAACCCGCUGGGUAGUGUGGCCAUACCUUUAGCUGAUAUACAAGGGAGAACCUACCAGGAGAAGUGGUAUCCCAUUACUCCAUACAAGGCCUUAGGCUCAGCGGGGAACAAAGAACUGCUGGGUCCACAGGCUUCACUCCGCAUCAGGGCCCGUUUUCAGAAUUUGCAGGUGCUGCCCAUGGAGAAAUACAAAGAGUUUGCUGAGUAUGUGACGGUUGAUUAUGUGGAAAUGUGCAGAAACCUGGAGCCACUUCUGAAUGUGAAGGAGAAGGAAGAGCUGGCAGGAGCUCUGGUCCAUGUACUGCAGAGCAUUGGCAAAGCCAAGGAGUUCCUCCUUGAUCUGGGCAGUGCAGAGGUGGAGCGUCUUGGAGAGAAGGAGGCGUUGAUCUUCAGAGAGAACACAUUGGCCACUAAAGCCAUAGAUGAAUACAUGAAGCUGGUUGGCCAAAAGUACCUCAUUGGCACACUAGGGGACUUCAUCAACCGUCUUUACGCCUCGGUGGAGAACUGUGAAGUUGACCCUCGUAAAUGCCCUGCCUCUGAAUUGUCAAACAACCAGAAGCAACUGAUGGAAGCCUGUGAGGAAGUGGUACAGAAGAUUAUUGAGACCCAUGGAUCCUUUCCUGAAGAGUUAAACAAGAUCUUCUCCAGCUGGGUGGAGCUGUGUGAGGACCAGGGCAGACCAGAGAUUGGCCAGCGUCUCAUCUCUGCUUCUCUAUUCCUUCGAUUCUUAUGCCCUGCUAUCCUCAGUCCUUCUCUUUUUGGCCUGACGCAGCCUUAUCCAGAGCCAAACACCCUGCGUACCCUCACCUUAACUGCCAAAGUCAUCCAGAAUCUGGCCAACUUCACCCUGUUUGGAGAGAAGGAGGAGUACAUGCUCUUUAUGAACGAAUUCCUGCAGCAGCACUGGGAUGGAAUGAGAGGUUUUCUACAAACGGUGUCAAAUCUAGACACAGAAAUCCCAAUGUCUUCCUUCGAUGGCUAUGUGGAUCUGCCACUUCGCUUGGCUGUGCUCCAUGGACUUCUGGUAGACAUCAUCUAUAAGAGGGACCAGGACACAAUUGAAAAGCUGCACCCUCUGCCUUCGAUUCUGAACCAGAUUACAGAGUCACUUGGCCCCAAAGCACGCCGGAUCUUAAUAAGCAGCCAAAUGGGACAAGCCAAGCCAAUGUACAUUCUUCCUAAAGACUUGGCCAAGUACAGCCCUCAUCAAUCAUCCCUCCAGCAGCUUCCUGUGGACUCCAAAAGCCCACGAGAUGGGGAUGGCAGGGCUCGGAGGAGUAUGAGAGAGCGGAAGCCAGUCACCAGAACUCAGAGUGCUCCACACAGACGUCCUGGUCAGGCGAAACAUAACUUGAAGAGGCAGACAAGUUCUGAAGCUUUGCCAACAGCUGACAACGAAGAAGAGAUGGAGACCAACCAACCACUUAUCUCAUCACCAAAUACUAAUGGCAGCAUCAAACGUGCACCUGCACCAGUUCCAUGGAUCAAAAUCAGCCACAACAGGGAGUCAAGUGAGAUGAAGCCUGAGUUUGAGCAGUUCAACUUACUGGAUAGGCAUGCUCAAGAGCUGUCAGAGCUCCGUCUGGGGAUAGAGCAGGUGACAGAGCGUGAGCUGGACAUGGCAAAGCGCCUGGAGGACUUCAUUAUCCAAAGCCAAGACCAGAAUGCAAUGCUGCAGGCUGAGGUGACCGAGCUCCGGAAUCAGCUGGCUGUACGAGAAGAGCAGCUCGCCAGCGCCACCUUCAGGCUGGGUGUGAUUGAGGAGGAGAGGGAGGAAGAUGAGAGGAAGCUAAAUGUUGCCAUUGCAGCAGCCGAGAGAAUGAACGUACUGGAGGAGCAGUUUGCGGCCCUGCUGAAGGACCUUCACCAGCUCAGUGAAGCCAACAACAGUGGCCAAAACAACACACAGCAUUUGGAAAAGCCACACAUCAACAGCAACUGAACUCCGACAGUAAAAAGAUUUAGAGCUGCAGUAUCACAGUUUUGUGUAAAUACAUACACAGAGUUCAUGUGGAAGUCACAGGUUUCUUGAUCAUUUUUUAUGAACAUAUUUAGAACAUGAUGUGAGUGGGCAAACUCUGACUGAUGUGAACAUGAAACCUGCAGGAUUUGACUGCAUUUCAGCUUUCAUUGUAUCCCAACUGCAGAUGUGUGUGACUUGUAAACUUUUCAGAUUAAUAAAAGAAAUACUGAA